CCCAUAUUUGGACGGCGCAUACAUAGCUAAAAACGAAGUACAGUGCAACGCCAUAAUUCACUAAUACAUCAUAAAUCGUUGAAAGUACCCGCGUUAUAACGACCGAGAGAAAUCUAACAAAUCAAGCGCCCCUUAGUACUCAAGCUGUAAGCCUUGCAACUCUCUAAAAACAACCUAAAUGAGCUCUUACUUUGUAAACUCGUUCUCGGGGCGCUACCCAAAUGGCCCCGACUAUCAACUGCUGAAUUAUGGAGCCGGCGGCGGCGCAAUGAACGGCGGGACGUACAGGGACUCUGCAUCCGCCAACAUGCACCAUGCGACGGGCUCGUACGGCUACAGCUACAAUGGCAUGGACCUGACCGUCACCAACCGGGUAGGAGGGAGCAGCAGCAGCACCAGCCCCGGAGGACACUUCGGGGACGGCUCGGUGGUCGGUGGGGACUCCAGGGGCUUCGGCUCCCCAGCACCGGAGACAGCGGGCUUCAGACAGCCGUCCAGCUGCUCCCUCGCCUCUGCGGCAGACUCCCUGCUGUCACCCGGUAGUGGAGACACCAAACUGUGCGCCCAGAGCUCGUCUCCACGGUCGGAGCAACCAGGAAGCGGUAAUCUCAGCUCUCCAAACCUGUCUUCCACCUCCAACUCCUCCGGUGGCGGCGGUGGUGGUGGCGGUGGCACGGCGCAGCGCUUCACGGAAUUGGACGACGGGUCGCCAGAGACCGAGGAGUUGCAGCACAACCGGGACACCGGCGGCCGCGGCAGCAACCCGCCGCCCAGGACCGGGCCACCGGCGGGAUCAGCCACCGGCAGCACGACGGGCAACGAUAAUCAGCCACCACAGAUAUUCCCCUGGAUGAGAAAGCUGCACAUUAGCCAUGAUAUGACAGGCCCGGACGGGAAGCGGGCGCGGACAGCGUACACCCGCUACCAGACGCUCGAGCUCGAGAAGGAGUUCCACUUCAACCGGUACCUCACGCGGCGACGACGUAUCGAGAUCGCGCACGCGCUCUGUCUCACGGAGCGGCAGAUCAAGAUCUGGUUCCAGAACCGGAGGAUGAAGUGGAAGAAGGACAACAAACUGAAGAGCAUGAGCCUCGCCACCGCCGGCAGCGCCUUCCAACCCUAAGAGAUCAACCCAUUCAUAAAAAAUAAAUACAUACAUCCAUACGUCCAUCUCUUUGGAAAAAGGUUUACUAUACCACGCGCAGGCUUCCCAGGAAGGAAAAAGAGAGACAAACCAGUAGAAAAAAAAGAAACUUGAAGAAAAACAACAGAGGAAGCCAGCGGAUAAUGGAGCAAAAGAAGACGGUGAUGAAGAAACAUAUGUACAAACAGAUUCCAAAUCUAGAUUUUAAAAAACACUUCCUAUUAUCAACUGAGUACUGUACAGCAGCGCAGCACUUUUUAUUUGUUCGGCAUGUUGGUCUUUUGGUGUUUUAGGGCAACGUAAAAAAAAAAAAUGACUGUGGUACUUGCUCUUGUAAAAAAACAAAACUUAGUGUUCCUAUAUGUUGUCGUCGUUUUUAAAAAUGUGUGGAGGAGUCGAGAUAAGGAAAGGACGAAUAAUGCUACCUAACGUUUCUACUUUACGUCCUACCUUACAACCUUGCUACCUACCUGUUGUUUACUGUCUCAAUAUCGUUUUAUGUGUCAAGUGCGAUGUUUUAUAAUUGACAAAGUGCUUUCUAGAGAUGUUAGCAUGUGAGCUCUUAUUGUAAGUUGUUUACAGACAAUAACGUGUGUAUAUCCGAGUCGAAUCUCCCUUCCACCUCUCUCUCUCUCUCUGUCAGUUAGUUACCAUUCAAAUCGGCUCCUAUUUUUAUUUAGGAAGCAGGGAAUGUGUGUGUAUGUGUGUAUGUGUGUGUGCGUGUGUGUGUUUGUGUGUGUUUGUCUAAAAACAAACCAGCCCUGCUAACCGCAUCCAUCCCCUAAUGUUGUGUAUAGCUCUAUUAUUCAAAAAAAAGUGUACCUGUAUAUUAUUGUUAUUAUUAUUGUAAUUAUUGGAUACGUGUUUCAGAAAGGAUGUACAUAGAUAUAUAUUGACAUUUUUAAAUGUGACCAGUUGGCUAUUUGUAGUUGCAGUAUGUGUGUGUGCGUGAGUGGCUGCGUGCGUGAGUGUGUGGCGUAUGUGUGAGUGUGCGCACGUAAGAGAAAUGGCUACCGUCCUGUAAGGCCUGUAAGCUUUCUGCCAAUGAGCUUUUUGUAUUUGUUUGUAACUUGGAGUAAAAAAAAAAAACAACAACAAAUAAAGUUCCCCAUACUCAUCAAAACCA